AUGGAAUCUCGCCAACGCAGCCCUACCCCGCUUUUGAAGACGUGCCGCACAUGCGCCCAUGCCAAGAUCAAGUGCGAUCGCACUCAGGACCAGAACAUCUGCGACAGAUGCCUCCGUCUGGGCAAGGAGUGCACCUACGCCAGUGCCCGCGGCCGUAAGCCACCGGGCCCGCGUUCGAGCCCCUCGGCCUCCGAGAGUAUCACGUCUGAACAGGGCCAGACGCCGCCCGAGGCUGCGUCCUCGUCUGUCACCACAGGCGAACAGCAACCGCCGCGGCCAAGCCUACCCGGCUACGCCGCCGGCUCUCAUGAUCCGUUCAAAGCUGGCCAACUGUCUCUCGACAAGGGCCAAGACCUCCUUGACAGAUUUCGCGCUAGGCUGACGCCCCAUUUCCCGUUCGUCAUCGUCGCCGACUCGGAACAUGUCAGCAGUUUGAGACAGACCAGACCAGCGCUGUGCCUUGCACUUCUUGCCGCAUCGUCACAUGACGAUGUCCGGCUCCAACGAGCGCUUGGCCAUAUGUUUAACGAGCUCGUGGCAGCACGCCUGGUGUCGGGAAAUUUCACCUGCUUAGACGUUCUCCAGGGGCUGCUCGUCCACCUUGCCUGGCCAAAGAAUCCCCGGCGUUGGAACGUCGAGGGUAUGAGUGCACCAAAGGACACCGUCGAAUCGUUAGAUGAACGGAGGACCUUCUUGGGGACAUACUACCUUUCAUCCUGUACAAGCAUAGUACUCCAAAAACUCCGCAUAGUCACUCUGUCUAGUUUCAUCACCGAAACAGCGGAACGACUGGCUCAAAUAGCAGAGCAUCCUACUGAUCGGUACCUGCCCUACAUCAUCCGCUUGCAACGACUCGCCGAGGAAAUCGACGAUGUCGUCAAGAACGAGUCAGUUUUGGACCCUAUGCAAAUACAAGCAUCCGUAUCGGAGGCCAAGGAAAGUGUUUCCGCUUUCAAAAACAGCCUAUCAUUUCCUCUCAGCGAUUGCCUUCCGACAGCGCUGUUGGUUCCUCAGAUGUACACAAUUCAGCUCUGCCUGAACCAGUUGUCUUUACCAGAAGCCCCUUUCGGGUUGAGCAACCCGCAGCAUGAUUCCUUACAACGCCUCAUAACCCCUCUAUCAGAAAGUACAGUAUCCGCAAAAUCUCUCGUCAGCGUUCUCCUUCACACACCUCCUGGACAGGAGGUCUGCUUUCCCAACAUUAUUUGGGUGAUGCUUCACUGCGGCCUCACCCUCGCUGCGUGGCUCGACCUCCUGGCUGCAAGGAUGGGUUACAUGGCCGAGCACCUGCGCCAAUUCUCCGAUAUUGGCCACACCAUUCGCCAGGUCGUUCUCAGACUCGAGUCUGCAAGUUCGCCAAACGUCGACGACCGGGGCGAUCGCGAUACCUUCUACCACUUUUCCAUCCGCGCAAAGCGUGUCGAGAAGUUCUACCUACAGCAGCAGAAUCAGCUUGCCGACCAGCAGCCGACUUUCUUGCCUCAAAGCCCACAUGUGACUAUGCCACCAGCCACGGCAGGCUUUACAAUGAUGGGCACGCCCAGCUCGGAGUUUUCGAUAAACAGCCAAAAUCUGGAUUAUUCGCUUCCGCCACCAAUGUUCGCACAGCCCGCGACGCCAACCGACGGCAACGCGUAUCCGAAUUUCAUCCCACCGAACCCCCCCGCCAUGAGCUCGACUGCAAAUUUCAACAUGGAAGCUCUCCCAUUCAUGCAUGAUUCUUUCAUUCCGUUUAGAUAUUUGGGUCCCUUGGCGGAGAAUGUGGACGGUGCCGGAUUGCAGUUCUAG